AUGGGUCUGUCAUGCGGCGCGCAAGUCUUGAGAUGGGCAACUUUUGCCUUUAGCAUUGUCGUAUUUGUACGUCGAGUUAAAUUCCUCAUGACCGUGAUGUCCUUUUGUAAAUGAAAUAACGUUUCAUACCAGUCGUAAUUUAAAUCCAAAUCUGGAUGCACAUGCAUCCAAGUUGGUACACAAUUUCCGCGCGAGGUGAUCACCAUGUAAAAGGCAUCACUUUAAACCGAACAUGAGAACAUUCACACUAGUGGUGCUUGAGUUCAAUAUGCAUAACUUUUCUACCUGUUUGCUUUUGUUUAGGUUUUUGGUUUAGCCGUCGUAAUUAUUGGAUCGGUGGCAACAUUCUUCUUGAAAAACAGUUAUGGAACACUUAUUGAAAUUUCUGCUGCAAUUCCAAUUGUCGCGUUAGUUGUCGGGCUAUUUAUAUGUUUGUGCGGUAUUCUUGGAUGUUGUGGAGCGUUACGAGAGAGCCGCGGAAUGCUCAAUAUAGUAAAUGCUUAUAAUAUCUCUCAUCCAGUAGUAUUCACUUUUACUAGCCCUUCUAGUCAUUGUUGAAAUUGCCCUCUGUGUGGUUACACUGACCAAAAAGACGGAGGUAAGCAGCUUUCCUGCAUCGUAACGUGCAAUUAUAGCUGGGUGCUGCCGUCCAAAGCAUGGUUAACACAUCCUUCUACAAACAAUUCAAUGACCCAACGAUCAUGUCGGCUUUUGGUAUGAUGGAAGAGGAGGUAAGUCCUUUAGCGUAA